UAAGAUUGAACCGAAGCCGGCAGCGGUAUCAGAUCUGGUGGCAAGAAAGUUAUCGUAUAUGCAAAGCGCUCCAGCUAGCAUUCACACUUCGCCAUCACCAGAACCUGAAACUCCAACAUCUGCAACGCGAUAUUACACUGCAGUAGCUGAAUUCAAGUUGCAACCUCCAAAAGCUUCUGCUGCAGCACCGGCACCACCUGAACCAAAGCCUUACAAGAGGAUGAGUGGUAGCAGUCUGGUAACAACUCAGGCUACGAUCGAACCGAAAGCAAGUAUGGAAGAAUCCCAACAGCCUCGAGCUAAGGAACCAAAUCAACGUCCAGUUGAAGGGUCACGGUUGGUUUUCAAUCGAAUCAGAAACUAUGAUCAAUGUGUAAUAUAAAU